CUUCCCCAGACUUGUCAUUGUGGUGUCAGAAUAUUGUCCGUGCUUGUCCGUCUUUGGUUAAUAAAUCCAGUUUACCCGAAGUUCUGGCUUCGCUCACCUGCUUUCCUGCUCGCCCUCCCCGCGAGCGCUGACAGAGCUACACUGAGGCUCAGCAAGGCAGUGCUGAUCCUGUCUGGACCUGCUGCUUUCCUGAAGAUCAGCUUCUUGAAUGCAGCUCUCACCUCAUCCUCCAAGAGGCAGAAGGGUGGCAGUGGAGUGGGAGCAGGGGGGUGGCUGGUGGAAUAGCUGUUUCAGACCUUGCAUGAAACUCGUUUAAUUUGUCUGGCAUGUUAGGAUCCCUAUUCAGAGCUGAGCUAUGGUGCUUUUGUAUGCUUUUCAGCAAAUCCUCACGAUAAGCUGAUUCGAUUGUGCUAAACCAGGCUUCAGUAACAAACAGUGCAGUUUGGAACAAAUGGCAGCAUUGAACAAUUUCGGGGAAGAUUCACAUGCUGCAUUUGUCAUGUCUCUGAACAAACAAUCCAGUAUUUUAUUAAAUAAGGUUUAUCAGCCUGUCUUUGGCCUAUAUCAGUGUCUGUUUUGUGCUGUUUUUCAUGUAUUAGUUCAGUAUUUAUCCUGCACAGGUAAGCAGAAACACAGGCAAAGGUCUUGCCUUUUCCAGUUUUCUUGGUACUCUUAUGUAAGAAUGCCUCAGAUUCAGCUCUUUGCCGAACACACUGUGUGGGAUGUUUCGUUGACUCAGUCUGUGUGACAGUUCGUCCUGUAGUGACAGUAACACCUGCGGCGCCCCUGGUGGUCGGAGGAGAGAGUGGCGUCUUAGCGACCUGCAUUGCUGCCAAUGGACACCCAGCAGCAGGGGUGUCAUGGCGCACAGACCAGCUGGAUGGCCCGACUGAGAUCCAGAAUAACGCGACACAGAACCCCAACGGCACCACAACCGUCAGGAGCUACCUGCUGGUGACCCCCACCAGGUCCAUGAAUGGCCGAGAGGUGCAGUGUGUGGUGAACCAUACAGCCCUGGAGCAUGAGGAGAUUGUGCCGUACAGGAUCUCAGUGCACUAUGCCCCGCAGCCUGGGAAUAUCACACUGAAUGGAACAUCGUCUGAAGGUCCAGUCUUCCAGUGUGAUGUAGAUGCCAAUCCUGCACCUACAAGAUACACCUGGAGCAGAGUGGACAGUGAAGUACUCGGUCCUUCACUCAGACCGGAGGGAGGCAGACUGGUGUUUUUAAAGAGGGACCCUGGACUGAAUGGCCUGUAUGCAUGUGAGGCAUCAAACCAGUUUGGCCGAGUUACUGGGACCCUUUUUGUAUAUACAGAUGAUACCCGAGGCUACUAUGGAGGCCUGAUUGCAACUAUUUUCGUCUUGCUUUUUGCACUCAGUCUUCUGAGUUUCUAUACAUGGAAACUAAGAAGAUCAAGGCCACAGCAGGAUGACGUGGGCAUGCAGGCACUGGGACAGCAGGAAUCAUGAGUACAAACAUUACAUUGUUUGUCUGCGUGCCCAGGUCUGGAUUUGAACCCAGGAUGUCCCCUGUUAAGGGGUAUAUGAAGGCCUGCUAGUCUGACUACUUCAGCACCUGAAGGGUGUACUACGAAAUGAAUUUCCGGGAGCUUGUGAUUAUGGGCGACGAUCCAGACGCUGCGUCGUAACUUUUCCCUGGAAAACUUCCCGGAUAUCUUUCAUACUUUCACCAUCACUGUCAGUAUCAGAUUAUAUACUUCUUCAACUCUGGAAAAUUUUACUUUUGUUGACGACUCCUUUUACAAUCUGCGCGUAAUGGCAGACAAACCCAGCAAAAAACAUCCAAGGUGAGACUGGUCUACUGAAACAGAGGAGGAGCAACAAUCUCAGGUGUGGAAUUACUGCACACAGACUUCAAAGACCUGAAAUCCAGUCUUGAAUUCCCCCAAAUCCUAAAGCGAAAGGCUUCUGAAAGAAAACAACGGACUAAAAUGAAGUCAAAACUUUAUCUGUGCAAGUCACCAAUCUCAUUAACAAAAAUAAAAUAAUGAAAGAGAGAAUCCUGGACUUACAAUGUCGACGUAUAUGAGAUUUGAAUUUCUCCGGCAUACCUGAACAAAGGCCCGACAACCCAGAAAAUGCAGUCAAACAAUUCAUGCAGUCAGGCCUAAAACUACCACCGGACACUAUAAAUAAAAUAACAGUUCACCGAGUUCAUCGCAUCAGAACAAAAAACACUAAUAAUGGAAGACUGAGAGCAAUUGUAGCAAAAUCUGAGCAUUACAAACAAAAGAAUUCCUUAAAAGUAAAGGAAGGGAACUGAGAGGAACUGACUGCGGCCUCAGUGACCAGCUCACUAAAUAAAUACCAGAGAGAAGAAAGAACUACUUCCGAUCCUGAAUGAUUCCGGGGGAAGGGAAGACGAGCAGCAUUAACUGUGGAUAAGCCAAACACCGACGGGCAGACCUGGAGGGGCAAUGUUGUUAUCAGCAGUACCAUUAAUCAUAAUAACACUAUUGCAGACAUACCUGUAUAUGGACCCAAUACUGGCCACAAUGCAUUCUUUCAUACAUUUUUGAUUGACUAUCAAACUUAUCAAAUUCUGCAACAAUGACUGGAGGUGACUUCAAUACAGUUAUUAAUUCUACCAUUCCGCAGAUCUUCCUCCACCGUUAAUUUUAGAAACUGGCAUUCCACUGAAGUAUUAAAACAAUGCAUAAGUGAUUUUGGUCUUGGUGACAACAACCCAUCCUUAGAUGGAGAUUUAACUCUUCUUUGCUUAUAGACCCUAAUUUCAACACAUUCAUUAAAAAAGAGAGCACAUUCUUCAUGGAAAUAAACGAAUCUCCUGGAAUAUCAUCCACAUCACUUUUGGAAAUGGCCAAAGUACCGUUAGUAGGAAAAAUUAUAUCAUACCAGGGUUGGGGUUAGGGUUAGAUCCAGAAGGAACUGAUAGGAAAUAAAUUACAGCUGAACAAUAUCACACACAAUAAAACCCAAUUUCUGAUACAAAGAUUACAAUAUUUCAACAAAAUAACAAAUCAGGAAAAUAUCUGGCAAGUCAACUCAAGACAAACAAAAAAAAUCAAUUAUACCAGUCAUAAGGAACACAGCAGGGGAGGCCAUUCGAUCACCCUAAGAUAUAAAUGAUGUAUUCCAGGAGUUUUACAGUAGAUUAUAUUACCACUGACAAGGAGCCAGGUCCAAUACAAAUCGAUUCCUUCUUAAGUAAUAUACAGUUAUGAAGCAGAUGAACUGGAUACACCAUUAACAUCUAAGGAACUUAAUACAGCAAAAAAUAAAGUUCCAGAACUUGACUCAGUUCAUAGAACUUGAGUUCUAUAAACUUAACUUGUUCCAGAAGGCUGGUUGAGUUGCGAUUUGGUCGAGGUCCAAGUCGAAUUUCCCCAUAAGAAAUAAUGUAAAUGAAUUUAAUCUGUUACAGACCCCCAAAUGAUUUGCUUAUUUAAACCCAUUUACCUACCUAACAAAUGAUAAAAAGCAUUAACAAUCAACAUAAAACUAAUACACAGAUGAAAAAUUACAUAUAGAAAAGAAUAGCGAAGCGCUCCCAUCACACUCUGGCACCAGGUACCAAGUACGGCAGCACCGAGAGCAACCAGCUGAUAAAACACAGGUGAUCAAAAAGAUGAAACAUCGAAGAUGUGGGAAUGUUUGUUUGAUAAUUUAACUUUAUAGAUGUGUUGCUUUUUAUAAUUAUAGGUUUGCUUUACUUUAUUUACUUCAUGGUAGUCAAUAGAUUUUAUUGUUUGGAAGUAUUUGCAUUAAAUGUUUUGUAAGUGAGCACCCCUUGUGGAGGUGUGAGGGGCCCAGCAGCUGUAUUACAUGUGCUUUAUGUGUUAGUGGGGGGUGGGGGGUCGGUUAGGAGUGUUUAAUGACUUUAAUUGUAUUGAUUUGCGUUUAGUUUCUGCUUUUUUGUAGUUUUCACUGAAAUAAAAACCACUGUUUUUGAUACUUUAA